GACCAACACGGAACCAGAGCGAGAGGAGGAGACGCCUCCGGGACCAGGACUCGUUUCCUGGUUUGAGCCACACCUCAAACUUUCCAGAGUGGAUCUGGUUCUGGAUCUGGGUCCUGGUCUCAGUCUCAGUCCGUGUGUCGCCGCUGUUGCUUCAUCUCUGAUUAAGAACACGACGUAAAUUCAGCCAUCUAACUUUGGAUAUUACGAAACAAAUUCAUCUUGGAUCUUCAUCUUCCUUUUUUGAUUACAUUUUGGAAAAGUUAUUCUUUUACCGUCUGAUUUUGAGUCCGAGAUUCAAACAUUGGAUAUUCACGGUGCUUCACUACUGAGGUGGGAUAGAUUUGGAGUCCUGGUCUUCUGAGAGCCGGAGCAGUUGCUUGUCUGGAUGCCCCAGGAUUACCCACAGGCUGCAGUUUCUCAUCCAGCCUGCAGGGCGGCGGCAGAAAGCGGAGGCCGGCAGCUCGGAAUGAGUGACUUCUGGCACAAGAUGGGCUGCUGCGUGGUGGCUAAACCCCCACCGAAGAAGAGGAGGAGGAAGAUCGAUCGCAGUAUGAUUGGAGAGCCAACUAACUUUGUCCACCUCACACACAUCGGCUCUGGAGAGAUGGCAGAAGGACUUCAGCCGUCGGGGCCGGUUCAGGAGCAGAUGAGGUCCAAAGGGCCCAGCAUGAACGGCAGGAACAGCCUGCUAUAGCCGGAAGGUGUGAAACUGAUCCAGAUUCCAUAAUCCUCUCCUGCUUCAACCUCUGAUGCCCCAAUUCAGCAUCUGAUCACCAGAGGGGUUGACCCCUUCGCCACUGCUAAAGUGUGCACUGUACCUGCACCAGCUUUGGGGGACACUGUCCUAACAUCUGGACCUGGAAGCUUCACCCUCGGGAAAGCGUGGCUGCUCCGUUUCUGUAGAACCUUUAGAGUCCAGACUGAAAUGGUGUAGCCACAGUCACAGGACCCAGGUUUCACCAGAAACGAACUAGAACUACAUCUCCCAGCAUUAAACCUCUGACUACUCCAAACUGCAACACAAUGGAAACAGUUUAUAAUGAAUUAUGUAAUAUUUUUGUUGUUAUGUUCAGGCCAAAUGUGGAGAAUUUACCCUCAGUAUUCAAUUAUCUCUAGAGUCAUUUGACUCCACUUCCCAGAAUUCAACAUACUGUAUCUGCCUUAUGACAGAAAGUCUGUAUUUAAAAUGUCUCCAGUGAAGCUACAUUUCCCAAGUUUAAUUGGGAUGGUAUCUAAACCCCAUCAUCUAGUAGAGUCUGAGCAUCACUACAUUACCCAUAAUCCCACAGUUUAACCCUGACUUGGUGGAAAGUCCCUCCACGGACUUCUUUUCCCACGAUGCUUCACUGCUCAGGUCUCCUUUGUAUUUAGCUCUAAGGAUCAUCACAGCUCAACUCUGUUUAGUUUUCUAUUUUAGACGCUGGACUUCAAUUUCCAGGGUGCUUUGCUCUGCACAGCCUCACAAGUAGUGCAUGAGGAACGAGUCUUAUUUCAGGGGAUGGGAAAGUCCCGCGAACCCCUGCGUCACUGGACUGUGUGUGUGUGUGUGUGUGUGUGUGUGUGUGUGUGUGAGUGAUGUCAUCCAGCAGUUUAAAUAUAACGAGGAAACCACAUGACAUGUUCACUGUCUCCAAGGAUACGCAGUGCUUUGACUCUGGCUUUCACAUUGAGAAAUUUUCUUCCAUGUUGCUUUGGUGGAUAAUCAGCCGAUUUUAGUAUUUUAAAUUCAGGCGAAUCACUGAGUUUUGAGCUCGCCUGCUGCUCAUGAGUUCUCCCGGUUUCUAUUUUCUGCCUUUUCUAAUGAAACGUCCUGAAAAAACAAAGCAUAUGUAGUACUAGAAAUUAGAUAUUUCUCAUUUUUGAGUUUUAGAUAUGUUUAAUAUAUUCUUGUCACAAUGAUCUGUUCAGCAGUAAAGAGCUGAAAACAAACAAGCUGGUAGAAAAGACAAAGGUGAGAGUCAGAGCAGCUUAAAGUUCACUGAACAAAUGUCAUUAUGGCCGUUUGCCAGUUCACAGUCCAGCUGUAGGUGAUUUUUUUGUAGUUUGUGAUUACAGUUAAACAACAAGCGAACGGUGUAGCAUGCGAGUGAGUCACAGGACAGUCACGCUCUGGGGGAGAUUCCUCUGAAUCUGUUUCCCUUUGCAUCACGGUAAGCGGUUAUCAUGGAAACAGCUGCGUCACAGUGAUGUCCACCUUCCACUUUCUGCUAGUUGUCGAGACCAAAGAAGCUGCCGACCUGUGGAUGCGCGUCACGUGACUCAGUCUCACACUGAACUUCCUGAUGUGAAACCAGAAACUGAUCCUGUGUCUGUCUGAGCUUCUCUUUAAUGUUGUUUAUUACAGAUGUUUACUGUGUUUUUCUAAACACAUUUGUGCUAUAGUUUGUUGAUGUUUGACCAGUUUCUGUAGGAGAACUGAAAUACUUUAGUUAUUAUUUCUAUUGUAUCAGCUGUUGACUGAGACCUAAUAAACUUUAAUCUGAUGUGAA